UAUGGCUGAAAUAAGCAGCAUUAUAACUUUAGAGGAAAUUAAUCAAAUGAUAGGCACUGCACCCGAGGGAUUAUUUAAGGAUAUAGAGUACUGUUUUCUAGGAGAUACAAGGGAGGUGGAGAAACUCUUGAAAGAUGGAGGUGCAAGAGAGGCUAUGUACAAAACAAAUUCAGUAACUCAUUUCAUUUGCGAUGAUGCCGAUCAAGUAGAGUACGAAGAAGCCCGCGAUUUAUUCAAAGGAGUAAUCGUCCAGUCCUUGUGGGUUAUUGCUUGCUAUAGGAAGAAACGCCUUGUCAGUAUAAAAGGAUUCGAACCUGAUCUAAGAAGGAUUUUAUCUGGAACAUGUAUAGGAAGUUGGGGUCUUGCAUCAUCGGACGAGGAAAAAAUCUCUUUUCUAGCCCAAAUUUUAGGGGCAGAUAUAAAUGGUAAAGACGACUCAAAGCUGACCCAUAUUAUUACAUCUGAAACGAGUUUUGACAAAUUAUUUAAUAAAUCAAUGGAAUUGGAAAGAAUUGGAGAAAUUUCAUUAGUCACAUCGAAAUGGUUAACAAUGUGCUGUCAAAAAAAAACAAAGGUGCCUGCUGAUGCAUUUCAUCCAAUUUUAGUUGAGGAUCUAAAAGAAAUAAAAAAAGAAAUUCCGAUAUCUAAAAAGAGAAAAAUUGAAGAAGUAGAACUAAAUGAGGAAAAGGAUGAAAUAAGGAUAAGAAGUUUAUCAGGAAAAGUUAGAAAAACAGGUGAAAGUCGUUAUUCGGAUGAUCAGCCAAAAAGAUUAUAUGGACGGGAUGAGGAACAGCAAAAACGAAUUCCCGCCAAAACUUGUUUAAUUGGGAUAAUUUUCUACCUCAGUCCAAGUCUUGUUGAACAUAGAGAUAAUAAAGAAUUAAUGAAGUCGUGGAUUUCUUGUAUACAGAAUUAUGGCGGAAUUGUCUCAAACACUCUUACCUCAGAAGUGAAUCAUAUUGUUACUAAAAGCCAAUAUGAUAAGGAAUAUAAAUAUGCCUUCGAUAAUGGCAUUAGAUGUACAACUUUUCAUUGGGUCAACGACGUACUUGAUAAAGGAAAAAUUGAGCCACCGUGGCUUAUGGCCCACGUUCCCGAUUGUAUUAAUCCUAAUAAACAACCUCUAGCCAAUGCUACUGUGUGCCAUAGUGGUUUUAAUAACGAAUCAAUAAGACAACACGUAAGGGAUAUGCUAGAAGCGUGUGGUGGAUUUUGGACUAGUAGCUUUGGUCAAGGUCAUAAUGUUCUUGUGGCUAAUAGUCCCAACACUGAAAAAUUUAAAAUGGCACAUAAUUGGAAAAUUGCAGUUAGAAAUUAUAAAUGGUUAUGCGAUUUAUAUAUGUCAAAGUUAAAGAAAGAAGCAGCCUUCGUAAACAAAGUAGAAUAUACUAGUGUUAAUGGUAAAAUAGAAUUUGAUCCACAUUCACUACAAGUUUAUAUGAAAUCUUGGACUAUCCCGUUGAAAAUUGACGAAAGUAUUCUACACACAAUACCCAGUAUUUUGGAGAAACAUUGUCAACGAUUAACUUUAGAUGAAAUUAAGAAUGAUUCUUCUAAUCCUAAAGUUUUAGAAAUUUCCGAUUACUUAACAUUCCCUAAAGAUAGAUAUGAAAAUAUUAUAAAACGUGCUAAAUUCUACUUAGAAACUAGAAAGGAAGACGAAAUGAAAUAUAGUUCAGCUAGCGUACCAAUGGUAGCUAUUACUGGGUAUAAAAGACAUGAAAAGUUAUUACUCGCUAGAAUGGUUUCUCUUCUAGGAGGUAAAGUUGUUGAAGGAGAUGAUAUUGAAAAGGUUUCUCAUGUUGUAUCUGAAGAAUCUUAUUUAAAGCAAAAGUUCUUAGAUGAAAAGGAAUAUGAACUAAAGGAUUCACCUGUUGAAAAGGAAGCGAAUAUAUGCAUUCAAACUUCUCUUAGCAAGAGAGGCUGCCCGCUCAAAGAUUAUUUUAUUUACUUUUGUAAAUCUGUACAAACAGAGGGACGAUGGCUAUUCGUUUUAGCUAAGCAAAUGGGAGCGACUGUUUUGGCAAGAAUGCCAAAGAUAUCCCAACUUCGGGAGAAGAAUUAUAUAGUUGUUGGAGAAACGAGAGACAGAGUGGAAUGUUGUAAUCUAUUCAAAAAAAAUAUUCCAAUUUAUCAUGUAACUGUUUUAAGUUUAAUACUUUUGAAACAAACUGUUUUAUUCAUCCCCGAUUGGCAAAUUGUCAAUGCAGCCGAAGGUUAA